GCCCGGCACAGAAGGCCUCAGGACCACCAUGACAACACCACAGAUUGACCAUCUCCUCAACCCGGAGCCUCACUACAUCCCGGGCUACACUGGCUUCUACCCUCAGCUUCACUACCAGCUGGGGCAGACAUACGGGAAGACCACAGCCCGGCUGCUGGCCGAUCCGACGGGAUCGAAGAAAUCCCGCAGCCUGCUCUCUCCGCUCGCCAAACCCAAAUUCCCCGAGGGCCUGAGCCAGGAGAAGCCCCCGGACCCUGGGGAUAUGGAUCUGCACCAGGCCUACGUCCCCCAUUACACCGGGUUCAAGCCUCACAGGGACUUCCGAGUGGCAGGGCGCUACUGCCCGCCGGGCACGGCGCCGCACCGCGGGACGGGGGCCACCUGGGACCUGCCGUCGACGGGCAUCAUGCCGUACCCGCCCUACCCACCGUGCCCCCCGGCCCGUCCGGGAGACCCCCGUGCCCUCGGCCACCCGGGCUUCAGGCUGGCCUGGGGGGAAGCAGCUUGGCAGCAGGCCGCCCUCCCUCCCGCAGUCCCUGGCCCGCCUCAGUUCCAGCACUUCCGGAGGGACGAAUAUCCCGUCCGGAGCCCUCGGACGGAGCCCCUGGACAUCGGCAAGUUCCAAAGGCUUCCCAAACUGGACGGGCCCAACCUGAUCCAGCGCAAGGCCAUCUCAGGGUAUUCCGGUUUUAUUCCCCGCUUCACCUGGAUCAUGGGGGUGAAUUACCAGCGGGGACUCAGACAGGCGAUGGACGAGUUUGACCAGAACCAGUAUAAGAUAAGAAACCCUGUCUGCGCCCUGGGAGAGAGAUUUCCUGAUACUCACUGGCCCAACACCAAGAUUUUCACCAGCAAGGGAAUGGUGCCUUUCUACACGGGAUUCAUACCAAACUUACGCGACAACUUCGCCCUGACCUUCGGCAACGGCAGCCGCCUGUCCCACCGGCAAGAACGCGCGAGGCGAAACUAUGCGCUAUGAAAAACAAAAAACGCUUUAAUCGUGGUGUUGUCUGUACAGCCUUUGAUGGUAAAAGAACGGGAAACGACGGGAGGUGCGGAGGACGGGGGAGAGAGGAGGAGAG